GAAAGGGUGAGCCAGGCCUGGGAGUAGCUGGCUGGAUUAAUAUUUAAGCACCAAUAACAGUCAAAGAGGAAAUAAAUGAGCGAGGCAGCGUCAGUCGGAGACGGAGCCGUCCGGGGGAAACCGAAUAGGAGCAGAUGGGAGCUGCUGCCGCUGGCACCGGGACCCAAAACCCACCUCACCAAGUUAAACCAUUGAGUGAAACAAAAUGGGAGAGUCGAAUUGAUGCCUUGAAACCUCUUCGCUAUCACCUUGGUGACAUCUCUGAUGCUCUGGUAGACAUCCAUGACGACACUACUCUAACAGCAUCAUCUGGCAAUACGGGACGAGUUGCUGCAAAGGAUCGUGCAAAAACCAUUUCUAGUUUCAAGUUUCUUGUUUCUCUUGUUGUGUGGUAUGACAUAUUGUUUGAGAUCAACAUGACUAGCAAACAACUUCAGGUGAAAGAAUUCGACAUCAGUGAUGCUAUUAAUCAACUUGGAGAAACCAAGAAGUUUCUUGUAGGCCGCAGAAGUGACGCAGACUUUGAGAAAACAUUGGCAGAUGCAAGUGAACUUGCGGAGGAGUUGGAUGUACCAGCACUUUUUGACCCAGAUCCAAUCCAUAUUAGAAAGAAGAGGAAGCAGUUCACGUAUGAAGCAGAUGACGAACCUAUUGAUAAUCUGAAAGAAAAAUUCAAAGUGAACUUUCAUUUUGCGGUCAUCGACACAGCAAUACAGUCAGUUGAAGAAAGAUUCACACUGAUGCAGCAAAUUAGUUCAGUAUUUGGCUUCCUAUAUGAUGUUGACAGUUCGCAAAAUACAACGCCGAAGCAAAUGAUGGAACAUUGCUUGAAUCUGGAGCAAGCUUUGCAACAUGGUGAAUCCAAAGAUAUUGAUGCCUUUGACUUGUGCAAUGAAUUGCAAGCUGUUGUGCGACGAGUCCAAAAGAGCGCAUCACCGCAAGAUGUAUUGAACUUCAGAUGCACAUAUAAACUGAGAGAUAGUGUCCCCAACACAAGUAUUGCUCUCCGCGUCCUCUUGACCCACCCAGUUUCUGUGGUCAGUGGUGAGUGAAGCUUCUCGAAGCUCAAGUUGAUAAAAACAUACAUUCGAACAUCAGUGUUGCAGCAAAGACCUGUUGGGCUACCUACCUUGUCCAUGGAACACGACGUUGCUCACAGCAUUGACUUGAAGGAACUUGUUUCUAAAUUUGCUAAACUGAAAGCACGGAAAAAUAAAUUCUAAUGUGUGACUCUGUGACCAUGUAUUGUGUAUCAGGCAAGUGAUUUAUUUUCAGAUCCAGGCUGCGUUGUGCGAAGUGAAAACAAUAGCAAUGUCAACGCCAUCAGGUUGUUCAUUUAUUUUCAUUAAAUA